GUCGUGGUGGCCACGAGAGUCACCGUCAGAAGAGUCUGAUGUGGAUGGUGAGCAGUCCGCUUCAUGACCAACUAACUUCCUUCGGACUCGUGACUGUCCACGAACUCACUCAGCGUGGCUGUGCAAAAUCGGAAUUCAAGCCACGGUUAGAUGGAGAAGGGCUGCCUAUAAACCGCAUUCAGAAGCCAUUCUGAAGAGGGCACGCACGCAAGAACAACGCAAGAACAAGAUGAAUAGCAUCUUGGCCGCCUAUGGCAACCUCUCGCAGCCGCUGGAUGAAUCAGUCGCUCCGUCCGCACCUUCAACACCGCAAGGUGCUCAAAAUUCAGGUCGGUACUUGAGAUGGUGCGACAGGCUAUCCGUCCUGCCCGGUGCAAGUCGAUUGGGCACAAAAGAGUGCACAGACGCCUUGCGUAUCAAGAGAGCAGACUACUUGCGGCGCAGGAACGAUGCCUUCCGAGCGCCGGAUGGCAAACUUCCGCCUGAGCUCACCGACGAGGGGGAAGCGGUGCGAAGGAAUGAUCGCAUUGAUGCGAGCGUGAGCAACCCGCUUGGGCUGGAAGAAGACAACCCAUGGCUGAGGCAUAUAGCAUCAAUGUCUAUCAUGACUCAGAUCCAAGCCGAUGUGGAGCGCACCUUUCCAGACGAGGAAAUAUUCCAACCCAAAGAGGUUCAAUCUGCCUUGUCUCGCAUCCUCUUCACAUAUUGCUAUCAAGGCGGAUCGGGAUCAGAGACGGGAUACAGACAAGGAAUGCACGAAUUGGCUGCUGUUUGCUGGCUAAUUAGGAGCACAGACUCGACGGAGCCUCAGCAUCAGUCGUCGUCGGAGGGAGAUCAAAAUCUGCAGAGCUCGCUUACUGCCGAUGUGCGGAGCGUGGAAUGUGACACUUAUAGCAUCUUCGAGGGUCUCAUGGCAAAAGCGGGUGUGUGGUUCGAGUGGAAGCAGGACAGACCUUCGACGAGCACAGCUGGGCCCAUGAUGCCUAUUAUGCUCGAGUGUGUCGCGGUACACCAGACGCUGAAUCGAUUGGAUCCGCAGCUGCACGCUCAUUUGCAAAGCCUCGGCAUCGAGCCUCAGCUUUACCUGCUGAGGUGGAUUCGACUACUCUUCACUCGCGAGCUGCCCUUGCCCGAUGCUAUCAAUCUUUGGGAAGCGUUACUUAACACAGACCCCACUCUGAAGCUAGCCGCAUUCAUUUGCAUAGCCAUGCUGCUCAGGAUCCGACGACCUCUGCUCGAAUCCAGUUAUGCCGAAGCUUUUACUCACUUGCUCCAUUUUCCCAAGGCCUGUCUCGCCGCAAGAGGGCAGUGGGCGUCAGAUACAACAGAUGCGGCGGCUGCUUCGGUGCAGAGUAGAGGUCUAGCACCUUCCUUGCUGGUUCAGCAAGCUCUGGCUCUGAGGGACACUGGUGCCCGCGGGGCGGUGCUGUGCGCGAGACAAAACGAGGUGAUACUGGGACUCGACGUUCGGACACCUGAUGUUGCUGCUGCAACCGGCUCCGAGCCGUCUCAACCUCGCGCACGGCAAUUACCCAAGACUGUUGCUACAGGACGAGUAGCAGGGCACAGACCAGGUCUGAGCAGCGACAGCUUCGCCAGACCAUCAGCCGAUCAGAGCCCCGAACAGCUCAACGAGGCCGUACCACCAGCUUCCGCAGGACUGAUCCCUGAUGGUAUAGCAGACCUAGCAAGGGGCCUGUACUCACGUGCUGAUGCGCUCGGAGUCAAUCGAGCCCUAGUCAGCGCCAUGGGCAAUGUGCAGCGCACAGUGGGGGCUUAUGCGGCUGUGGGCGCCCAAUUCGCAGGCCCUGGACGCAUCGCUUCAACGCAGGACGAUGGAUUUCCUCCUAGCAUCGAUCGGGUACCCAGGAGCGCUAUAUCGGCUGGAAUAAGUGCGGCGAGCUCGAGUGCUCGGGCUGUACGCGCCUCUAGGGAUCCAACGACGGAGCUGAGCAUGCUCCGAGCUAGCAAUGCUGCGAUGGGACAAGCGCUGAGCGCUUGCAUUGAAGUCUUGGAGAGGAAUUGGUCGAAUGAGACGGAUUUCACGACUUCCAGCACCAAGGCGAAAGAGCAAGAGUUGACGGGCGCACAAAUAGAAGUGCUGAUGAGCAUCACCGCUCUUAAACAUACCCGAGAUGUAUUGAUGGGCACCACCGCGGAAUUUGACCCCGCUACUGUCGCUUGGCCAGACGUUCCUACCUCAGAAGCGAUCAAGCCAAGCCCCAAAGCUGCGAAGGCACCUCUCAGUUCACCGCAGGGCGCCACGACCUCGACCAGUGUCGCGACCCACAGCCAAGAAGCUCCAAUUGAGGCCAUUCCGAGUUCAGAGCGCUUGCCUCGGGCAGGUUCCAUGGGCUCAGUUGCGGUUAGGGACUCGCGCUCAGCUGCUGUCUCAUCACCAGUCGAACCUUCCUCACGGAAUUCAAAUUCAAAUGAGCGCUCGACAGACCGCAGUGGCCUACUCAAUGCCAGGGCGUUUGCUAGGCCGCAAGACGAAGAGGGCUACAAUCCAUUGGCUGGAUUCAGAGCUGCGGCGGAGAAUAGUCGCUUUGGUUCCGCCGCGUUCGAAGAGAAGGAGUCGAGUACGAGCAGACCAAGAGCUCUUUCGACGUCCCAAUCAUCUGCACAGACAUCCGCCAGGCGUCCUUCGGCGCAGCCGCAACCAUCCUUUGUUCCUCCGACAUCUGGCGAGCGACGGCGUGAGGUCGGGGCCCUUUCACCGGCUCGUGAGGCUAGUGCACACAAGAGCGGUCCAGGAGCCAUGAAUGAGCAUGAACAGUCAAUUUACCCGCCGCCAGCUUCUUCUCCUCGAUGCAGCACUUCGCCCGCGGCACAGACGGCUCAAGAUUCAGAGAUGGGCAGACGAUCAGACAUGCUGCGCAAAUCCAACCCUUUCGCAGCAGCGCGCAAGCAACAUGUCGUCUUCGAAGAAGAUUCGACGCCUUCUGUCUCCGGAGACCCUUUGGGCGCCUCAUAAAAGUGGCUGGAAACCUGCAUCUCACCCCUCAGCUCGGAGACCGCACCAACCAUUGCUUACCUCUUGUAUUACCACACUGCUCCGCCAAGUUUGCUCGCGACUACUCAUAGCAAUUGCGCACACUUUCGCAAGGAUGAGACGAGAUGGGCAUGCCGAUCAUUAGCGGAAGUCUGAGCAGAUAACGGACCGAAG